UGGGUGAGGAGAGUGCCCAGUAGGUGAGAAGGUGGCAGUGCUGGUGUCUGAGGAGAGCCAGCUGAAGAGGGGCAGGGGGUGGGGAAAAAGCGACGAUGAUGGCUACGAAGAAGGGCUCGGGCCCUGGCGGCGGCGACGGGAAAGCGGAAGCGGAGGCAGCUUCGGAAGUGUGGUGUCGCCGGGUUCGGGAGCUCGGUGGCAGCAGCCAGGCCGGAAACCGCCACUGUUUCGAGUGUGCCCAACGUGGGGUCACUUACGUGGAUAUCACCGUGGGCAGCUUUGUCUGCACCUCCUGCUCUGGUCUCCUGAGAGGUCUGAAUCCUCCUCACCGAGUCAAGUCCAUCUCCAUGACAACCUUUACAGAGCCUGAAGUGAUAUUCCUCCAGUCUCGUGGAAAUGAGGUUUGCAGGAAGAUCUGGCUGGGUCUUUUUGAUUCACAAGCCUCCUUAAUGCCAGACUCCAGGGACCCUCAAAAGGUGAAGGAGUUUCUUCAGGAGAAAUAUGAGAAGAAGCGAUGGUAUGUCCCCCCAGACCAAGUCAAGGGGCCAUCCCACACCAAAAGCAGCACUUCUACUCCCACCCAGGAUUCUACUCCAGAUGCAAAGCCCCUGAGGACUCUUCUUGGGGAUCAUGUGCCCUCUGUUGCCAUUUCCAGCACUAACCAGUCUGUUCCUCAGGCUCGGCUCUCCCAACAUCCAUGCUACCAACCACCCUCCCUCCCUUCAGUCAAGAAAGCUAGCACUGACCUUCUGGCUGAUAUUGGUGGAGACCCUUUUGCUGCUCCCCAACCAUCAUCGAAUUUUGCUGUCUUUGGGGGCCAGGGGACUUCCCAUGGAGGCUUUGCCAACUUUGAUGCCUUUGGGAGCAGCCCUUUCUCCUCUACAAUCCCCUCAGCUGGCCAGGCUUUAUUCCAGACCCAGCCAAUUCCCAUAGCCAGUCAGAUGCUUACUGGAAGUUACAGCUUUGGCAGCAGCCAAGUGGUCCCAUUUGGUACUUCUCCUCUUGUUUCUGCUACCCAAACAAGUGUCCUUUCAGAUAUGAGUGAUGUCAUGGGAACUGGGAUGUCAACUGGUGGUAUUCCUGGCAGAGCCUUUGGGACUGUUGGUCAUGUCUCUGGACUCCACACUGCUGUUUCUGGAAGUAAUAGUAGCAGCGCUGGACUUGGAUUUGGGGCUUUCACCAACCCUUUCAUCGCACCGGCUCCUCACUCACAGUUGCCUUCCACCAACCCAUUCCAGUCUAAUGGCAUGGCCUCUGGGCUUGGUUUGGGGAUGAACUCUGUAGUACCUAGCUUCUCUUCUGCACCGACCCCUGGUGGCUUCCCAGGAACUUUUUCUCCUAAUCUCUUCCCUCCACAAACCUUGCUGGUUCAGCAGCAAAAUGGCUCGGGCUUUGUAGGAUUAGGAACAGCUAAACUGGGGCAAAGGCCUAUGAACCAUCCAGUAGGGAUUUCUACCAAUCCUUUCAUGACUGGAUCUUCAUCAAGUCCAUUUGCUUCCAAACUUCCUCCUACUAAUCCCUUCUUGUAGCACUGUGCCCAGGAGGACUACUUCCUUCCUGCUCUCUCUACCCCCAAGUAUCCUUCUGUUCCUUAGAAUCCUGGUGGCCAUAUUUGUUUUUUUGGCAUUACUAUGGUCUCAACCCAAAUAGGGAAUGACUUGCCUUACUUUUGGGUGAUAUAAUGGUAUCUUGGGUAUAAUGAAAGUGCUAAUGUUUUGCCUUGGGCUUGCCAAUAAAACACCAGCCCCUAAGCCAGUAGCCCCCUCCUAGAGCUGUGAGAACUGUGGGAGUGGCCCCUCCUGUGUUUUAUUAUUCUAUUGUUUCUUCUCUCAUCUCCCCUCUUCCUCACAUACAUAUGGUUCAUCCAGUUCCCAAUACCUUCUCCUGUGGAGAAAGUUAUUAUAAUAAAAUAUAGGCUAGAACAGAUUUCCUUCUUUUAGAGGUUUAGUCAAACUGCUGGUAGGCUAUGGGAAGCAGAACCUAUAUAAUAGGACCUUAACCAACAUUCGAAAGGGCCUCAUUGCAAGCUAAAAUAGUGAUAAAUAUGAUUGCUCAGACCAAGCCAUGGCAAGCAUAUGGGAAGGAAUGGCACCACAGUUAGAGCACCUUCAUUUCUUGGCUUCUGUCUGCAUUAGCUGGGCACCUCCAAUCAUCUUCUACAUAGUCGUACCACCGGUUCCAAAAAGACUUUGUCUCCUGAACACAUUUGACCCAGUCACUCUUCUGUACAUGCAAUGAAUGAAAGAUUCCUUUCCCUCUUAUCAAAACUAUUUCUAUUCUUUUCCUAUUUGUUUGCAAAAGUAUUUUAAAAGUGUAGAACCCCUUAGGUUCUUUCCUCUUCCCCCAAAUUCAUGUUAGGCACUUUAGUUAACUAUUGGUUUGAUGUUUGGAUAACAGUGUUUUAUAAACACAAAGUUUUCUAAUAUAGCCUAUUCUACAUAUGUGUGUAUGUAUACACACAAUACAUAUAUAUAUAUAUAUAUAUGUUAUACAACCUGUGCAUUCUUCCCCCAAGAAUCAUCAGGUAACAGAUAUGCUUUAUCUACUCUUGACCAUUAUUCCAUCAGCCAUGUUCCAAGAUCUUUCCCAGCAUUACAUCUCCUGGACAGGAGAGAAAUUUUUGUGUAGUUGCUGCUUUGUUUUUUCACACUUCCCAUUCUGCCCUAACCUUGAUUCUUGCACAAAAGGUAAUGUUGAAAAAUAAUUUUUCAUUUGAAAGAAAAAGGAAAAAACAUGCUGCUUGUUAUCUAGCUUUUGGAUCCCUUGGUUUCAUAUAACAGCAAACUUACUUGCCUGAUUAGCUUAAUUUAACAUUUUUGUUGUUGUUUUGUCCAGACAACAGCAAAGUGACUCCAAAGAGUGGGUUGGGAUGGGGUGGAGGAGAGGGCACCGGGGUAGGAUGAGAUCAGGGUGGAAAUGUAAGCAGAAACAAGGAAGGCCUUAGUAUUAAAUUUGCCCAUACCUAACCAGACUACCAAAGUAUUACCUGACAAUCACCUCAGACAAACACAACUCCUUAUACUGCCUAGUCCAUUGUAUAUUAUGUUAGCAGCUCUGAGGGCUGAGCUGUUUGUAGAGGACAUGGGUAUCUGCUUAGGGUAAACUUUCUGCUCAUAAUGAGAUAAAAGAUUAUAGCUUUGCUAUUUAGAUCUUUGUGAUAGGAUAAGAGCACUUGCCACUAAAUGUUUAACCUGCAGUAGCCUUGAGAAUGUAGAAGAAUGGUUUUCUUAGUAGAUUUGGGGAAGUUUUCUGGAAAAAUGCCUGCAUCUGUGUGUAAUUUCUAUAGGCUCAAUUUCACCUCAUCUUCAUUGUGGAGCAGAAUCCAUAUGUUGUUGUCCUUUUAAAUUCCUAAUUCAUCUCUAUGCCCUAUUUUUGUUAUGGGUAAGACAGGAAAUUUAAGCACUGAAGAACUGUUGUCACUUCCUCCUCUUAUAUACAAUCUGUUUACCUCUGGUUCCUCCCCAGUCCCACUCCUCCUUUUGCAAAGGUCUACUCCACCAUUAUAGGCAGUUAUGACUAGGAAAGACAUGCUGUUAACUUUUCUUUCAAGGCUAAGUCAGGGAAGCAGAAUAGGUACACACCCAGACCCCAAAAUUCUUUUCUCCAGUUGGUCACAAACACAGGCAAAUAUGAGAAUGAAUUAAGGGUUUCCAUUGCAGAAACCUAAUGAAUUUCUCCUUUAGAGGAAAGGCAACUCAUAGGACACUUCCUCAUACUAUCUAAUGUUGCCUCUGAUCUUGAUAUACUGUAUUUCCAUUUCUCCUAUCUUGACUUCUUUUCUCCCCAAGUCAUAUUGUGUUUCUGUACCUUCUCCAUGUGUUUUGUAUCUUAUUUACUUUUCUCAUUUUAUUGGUCAUUUGGGUGCUUUGAGAUAUCAGGAAGUGUCAAGGGCCUGAUUGACAUGCUGUGGCAAGAGCUAUAUUCUAUCUAAACCUUUUUUUUUUUUUUCCUCAUAGCUUGCUGCCACCUUUUUUUAUUCCCCAUUCUUCAUUUACCAAGGAUUAGUUAGAACUAAUUUAAAAGGACCUUAGAUAUGAGAUAUCAUUCUUUCCUUGGUGCUUGGUGCCCUAGAUUCAGUGGCUCCCUCCAUAUUUCCCCCAGCAUUUACUGAGCCAGAUAAUGAACUCUGUUAUCUUUUCUCCAUUCUGGUCCCAGGCUCUCUUAGCUUUUUCAGGGAAGAUAGUCAUAGGUGAUAGUGCUGAGUCAGCCCCAGAUCCCAGGGUAGAGAGAAUAAGGGUACUUUAGGAAGAGUGAGACUAAAUGCUUACAACCAAUCUUCUCCAUUCCUUGUCUCAUUUGUUAUGUGAGUUCAGUGGAAACUGAAAGUGUGAUCUUUACUGAUGCAGGAUAAGAGCAGUAGUGCUGCAAUCAUGAGUUGUUGGGAUUUUUUUUUUUUAAUAUACCAAAAAAAAAAAAAAAGUAUUUGCUGUAUGUCAGGAUUUUUGCUUCUGAAACCAACCAAGUCCAUACUGCUUGCUUUUUAAAAAUGUAUACAAUAAAUUUGCAUUGCUUUCAAA